UAAACCGUCGCCCCCCAAGCUGUCAUUCGUGUUGUCAACAAAACCCUACGGCCGAGCUAACCGCGUGUAUGCAUUUUGUGGUGGUCUAGCAUUAUUUACUCCAGUUUAAAAAAUCCGUAUCAAGUUAAAGAGCGACACUGUACUGUAAUGGAAGAAAAGCAAACCGAGCACACCAUCUUCGUUGGAAACCUUCCGACCACGUCGAAUAGAAAGACAAUAAACCAGCUGUUCAGAAAGUAUGGCACCAUACAAACAAUGCGCUUCAGGACAAACACAGGCCAAAAAGUAUCGGCCAGGUAUUUAAAGGCUUGUCCAUCGCUCAUUGCUUACGUACGCUUUUCCUCGAAGGAGGAAGUGCAACGUGCGUGCGAAAUGAAUGGUCAGAUGGUGGGCGAAAAUCGCAUCCGCGUGUGUCCGCAGGAUCAAAAGCAGAUAGGAAAAGUUUCAACUACCGUAUUUGUAGGCGGCCUACACAACAACACGACGGAAAAUGAUCUGUACGAAUUCUUCGGUAAGGUUGGCCCGAUCGAGUACAUCCGGUAUCUGGCCGAGAAACACUUCGCGUUCGUUUGCUUCGAGAAAAGCGUUUCCGCAAAGAAAGCGUUGAAGCUGAACAACACAAAGCUGUACAAGCAUGAGAUUAGAAUAGAGCCGAUCGAUGCGAAGCGCUCCAACGUGAAAACGAACAAGAAGGGUCACCUAGUACCGCGCCAUAAGCCGCCAAAGGUGCAGUCGAAGGAGACGAAUGAUGGUGCCGAACCAAAACAGUUCCAUGGCCAAGUGUCGCAGAAGAAGAGCGAAAAGAAAAGAAUGAGCAAAAAAUCUGGCUUUGGUUCGCUGAAGGAAAAGCGAGUGUUGAGCAAAAAGCUAAAGUCGGCGGCGCAAGCGAAAGUGUAAAUUUAAAUGAUAAAUGUAAAUAAAUUGAGGAAUGUCAUGCUCAAAAAACUAUAAAUACCGCUAUGAUA